AUGCAUGGGAAGACCUGGACCCUGUGCCUGCUGCUUCUGCUGGGCCUGGGGCUAAGAUGCCAGGAGGCUCUGCCCCCACCUUGUGAGAGCCAGAUUUACUGCUAUGGGGACCUCCUACACCAAGUUCAGAUGGCCAGGCUCUUCCAGGAUGACAAGCAGUUUGUAGACAUGCCACUGUCCAUGGCUCCAGACCAAGUCCUGCAGAGUUUUAAGGAACUGGCCAAGGCGCACAACUCCACCAUCCCCCAGCAGCAGCUGCAGGAGUUCGUUGAAAAGCACUUCCAGGCAGUAGGGCAGGAGCUGCAGCCCUGGACCCCUGGGGACUGGAAAGAGAGCCCCCAGUUCCUACAGAAGAUCUCUGAUGCCAAGCUGCAGGCCUGGGCAGGGCAGCUGCACCAGCUCUGGAAGAAGCUGGGGAAAAAGAUGAAACCAGAGGUUCUCAGCCACCCUGAGAAGUUCUCUCUGAUAUACUCCCAACAGCCCUUCAUUGUGCCCGGUGGGCGCUUUGUUGAGUUUUACUACUGGGACUCCUACUGGGUGAUGGAGGGCCUGCUCCUCUCAGAGAUGCCUGAGACGGUGAAGGGCAUGCUGCAGAACUUCCUGGACCUGGUGAAAACCUAUGGCCAUAUCCCCAAUGGCGGGCGUGUGUACUACCUGCAGCGGAGCCAGCCCCCACUCCUGACUCUCAUGAUGGACCGCUAUGUGACUUACACCAAUGACAUUGCCUUCCUAAGGGAGAACAUUGGGACUCUGGAUUUGGAACUGAACUUCUGGGCUGAGAACAGGAGCAUCAGCGUGAGCUCUGGAGGAAAGAACUACACCCUGAAUCGCUACUAUGUUCCUUACGGGGGACCCAGGCCAGAGUCCUAUAGCAAAGAUGCAGAGUUGGCGGACACCUUGCCAGAAGGUGACCGGGAGGCUCUGUGGGCUGAGCUAAAGGCUGGGGCCGAGUCUGGCUGGGACUUCUCUUCCCGCUGGCUCUCCAAACGCUCAAACCCCAGCUUGCUUAGCACCAUCCAUACCAGCAAAAUGGUGCCUGUUGACCUCAAUGCCUUCCUGUGCCAAGCAGAGGCACUGAUGAGCAACUUCUACUCCAGAUUGGGGAAUGACUCCCAAGCUACAAAGUACAGAAAUUUGCGGGCACAGCGCUUAGAUGCCCUGAAGGCCAUGCUGUGGGACGAGGAGAAAGGUGUCUGGUUCGACUAUGACCUUGAGAAUGCGAAGAAGAACCCAGAGUUUUACCCAUCCAACCUCACUCCUCUCUGGGCCGGCUGCUUCUCUGACCCUGCAGUUGCGGACAAGGCUCUGAAAUAUUUGGAGGACAGCCAGAUCCUGAACUACAAGUAUGGGAUCCCGACCUCUCUCCGAAACACAGGCCAACAGUGGGACUUCCCCAAUGCCUGGGCCCCGCUGCAGGACCUGGUCAUCAGAGGUCUGGCCAAGUCGCCUUCACUCAGGACCCAGGAAGUGGCUUUCCAGCUGGCCCAGAAUUGGAUCCGAACUAACUUUGAUGCCUACUCCAAAAAGUCUGCCAUGUACGAGAAGUAUGACAUCAGCAAUGGUGGACAACCGGGAGGAGGAGGGGAGUAUGAAGUUCAGGAGGGAUUUGGCUGGACCAAUGGAGUGGUUCUGAUGCUCCUGGACCGCUAUGGUGACCGGCUGACCUCGGGGGCCUGGCCAGCUCUCCGGGAACCCCACUGCCUGGCUGCAGCCCUCCUGCUCAGCCUCCUGCCAUGGUAA